AUGGGUUUUGUGCUAACUUGUACUUGUCCUUCAUCCUCGCUCGUACCCGUCUCUCAGCUUCAUCAGUUCUCCGCCGGAAUCAGAACCAGUGAAAUUCAGUUUCGUCCUCAGUUUUCUCCGACCCGUAGAACCCUAAUAUCGACGAAAUCACGCUGUUUCAAUCUCCCCCAAGAACCCAUUCUCUCCGAGGCUCUCAAGGAGCCAAUAGCAUUUGUGGGAGGGAUGUUUGCUGGACUCUUAAGACUCGAUCUCAACGAAGAACCGCUCAAAGAAUGGGUGACUCGAACAGUCGAAGCCUCGGGUAUUACAGAAGAGCAAGUUGAUGGUGAUGGAGGGAUUGGCUCUAAUGAAGAAGAAUCUCCUCAACAGAUAGUGAUUGAAUGA